GUUGGGACUGCGAGCGCGUCGCUAGGGUGUUUCACGCUGGCGUGCUGGCAGACCGCUCAUAACAGUGUCUACUUUCUAACAUGGCAGAUCAAUUUGUGUUGUAUUAUCAUGUGACGGGGAAAAGCUCUCGUGUAUAAGACGAUCUUCGUGUAAACUAUCGUAGAUACUCCUCGCGGGAGAAACGUGUUGCCAGCGUACGAGCACCGUCGCGAUGGCGGACAUGAAGAGUCCACCGUUCAGUGACAUUAAACGGCCCGAGGAGGUGGUGGCGAUGGCGAUGAACGACAGCCUGAAAUUCGCCGUGCUGAUCGGGCUGAUCGAAGUCGGACAGGUGUCGAAUCGGGAAGUUGUCAACACCGUGCUUCACCUGGUUCCGCGUUCCGCGGGAGACGGUUGUGCCCGUAUAUUCAUCGAUCGCCGGCCAAACGGUGGCGUGCAUCGAUUGCCGGCUAUGUCGUUCUCGUUUGACCAACGCUUGCUCAAAUACGUUUGCUUAUCGGACGAAAAAAAAGAAGAAACAAAACAACCAAAGGGAAUAAGAGUGCUCUGACCGGUCACGGCUACUUUCUAACUAGUCCGAUUUGCGAACGUAAGCGAGUUCCAUGCUUUGACCGCUGUUCCCCCCAUUGACAAUCGGAAGUUAACGCAGUCUCCUUUUUAACCAGUUUGCUGUGCCGCCUCCUUUUCGGAGCGCGCACCUCCGUGUGUGUCGCGAGAAUCAAGCGACGACGAGUAUACAUACUCGUCG